AUGGCCAUCCGCGAAGACUUGGUCGCGUCGGCGGCUAAGUUUUUACAAGACCCUAGUGUAUCUUCGUCCCCGGUCGAGAAGAAGGUCGCCUUCCUUCAAGCCAAGAACCUCACGCAAGAGGAAGUGAACGCGGCGCUUGCACGGUCGGGCUCUGUUGCUCCGGCACAGGCUUAUCCAUCACAACCACCGCCGGCCGGGGGGCAACCGCCACAACAAUACUAUGCUCAAUAUCCGCCGCAAUACCCGCCGUAUGGAUGGCAACAGCCGCCGCCUCAGCCAGCCCCGCGACGAGACUGGCGAGACUGGUUCAUCAUGGCGACUGUGGUGAGCGGUGUGUCGUACGGGGUUUACAGUUUGGGGAAGCGUUACGUUUACCCCCUGAUUUCGCCGCCGACGCCAGAGCGACUAGAGCAAGACAAGAAGUCAAUUGACGAGCAGUUCGACAAGACGUUUGCACUGGUUGACCAACUCUCCAAAGAUACCGAGGCUCUCAAGUCGGCGGAGAAGGAACGCACCGAGAGGCUGGACGCGGCGCUUGCGGAACUGGAAGCAACUAUCGGCGAGCUUAAGUCAGCGAAUAAGAGACGCGACGAUGAAGCACAGCGGGUGCGGGACGACGUGCAAAACCUCAAGGAGGCGAUCCCGCGGGGGUUGAAUAACCAGAAGGACCUGACAGACACGAGGUUGCGUGAGGUCAAUGCGGAGCUCAAGAGCCUCAAGACGCUCAUCACGCAGCGGAUGAACCCGGCGGCUACAGCAACCAGCACCAGCAGCUACAUGCGCCCGGCGGUCAGCGGCAGCACAACUCCGGCUAGCACAGUCGUUACCCCGGCCCCCGCAUCGGUUGAAAACGUCCCCGAAACCAAGGAAGAUAUCUUGGAGCCGGCUGCCAGUGCGCCGCGGGUGUCACCGUUCAGCGGCAUGCAGGCCAAGGCAUCGAUUCCGGCGUGGCAGAUGAUGGCCGCUAAGAGCGCCGAGUCCCCAAGCGCACCGGCGGUGAACGGAACGGGCGAGGGCAGCAGCGGGGAGCAGGAGGCUUCGGGGAGUGCGUGA